AUGGCAGGAACAGAUCCAGUCACUCAAAUCACAGGACCUUCCCAAAUUGAUUCUAAUAAUCCUCUCUAUAUUCACUCAUCAGACUCCCCUGGGAUGAGCUUGGUAAACUUCAUCUUCGAUGGAAGAGGUUUUCAAGGUUGGAGAAGGACUAUUCUCAUUGCUCUUUUGGCCAAGAACAAGCUUGGGUUCAUCGAUGGGACCUGCAAGAUGCCAGACCCAGAUUCAUCAGAUCUAGAGCAAAGGUUUGGACAAUCAAAUGGUGCUAAGUUGUUUCAUUUGCAAAAGGAACUAAGUGGUAUAGUUCAGGGAAACACUGAUGUAGCAGGUUAUUACACUAAGAUCAAGAGGCUUUGGGAUGAGCUAGACUCUUUAAACGCAGAUAACAAGUGCAACUGUAAUUGCACCUAUAGAGGUAAGGAUAAGCAAAACAAGUGUCUUCAAGAUGAAAGGCUAAUCAAUUUUCUAAUGGGGUUAAAUGAUACCUAUAGCUCAGCUAGAAGCAACAUUCUCAUGCUUAAACCUUUGCCUAACCUAAACCAUGCUUACUUACUACUCUUGCAAGAUGAGAAUCAAAGGGAAUCCUAUGUUAAUGCAAAUGGAUACACUGGAUCCUCAUAUUUCAUGGCAGGAAAACAAGCAAACAUGAAUGCUCAUACAGAUAACCAAACUUAUGUUGUUAAUCAAGUCUAUGCAGGACAGAAGUACAGGGGAACAAAUCAAGGAGGAUGGGAAAACGGGUCACAACAAAGGUUCCAAGUUAAGCAAAACAACUUCUACUGUACCUAUUGCAAAAAGACAAAUCACACUAGGGAAGGAUUCUACAGGCUCAUUGGGUUUCCCCCUGAUUUCAAAUUCACCAAAGGAAAGAAAUUUCAACAACCUACAGCAAAAAGCAACUCUGUGUCAGUUGAUGAAACUAAAGGGAUGAACAAAAUGAUGCAUGCUAACACAAGCAUGGAAAACAAUCCAAACCAUUACUUGACUGAUGAAGAAUACAAUGAGCCUGUUCUUCACUACAGAGGAAAGAAGAUGGCAGAAACUCCAACUUCUGGCACAACAUCUGAGUUUAUAGCACAUGGAAAUGUUAAUGCAGCAGCUGUUGGUUGUCUUUUGCAGGCCCCUUUUAUGAAGAGGGCUCAAGCUUUUGGUGAAUCUAAGGAUGGACUAUUCCUUCUUCAACCUAAUAGGACCACUAAUAGUUUUUGUUCUAAGGCCAGUAGCAAUGUAGUAGUUUCAGAGAAAGUUUCUAAUUCUGUUUCAAUUUCAUUUUCUGUUCCCAUUUCCAUUCAAUCAAAAUCUGAUGUAAUUUUAUGGCACAAAAGAUUGGGGCAUUUUCCUUUCCAUGCAAUGAAAUACAUUGGUUCCUUUAAAUUUCCAUCUAUGUCUACAUGUACUUGUGAUGUUUUUCCCAUGGCAAGACAAUCUAGGAUGUCCUUUCCUAUAAGUCACAUUAAGUCCAAGAGAAUUUUUGAAUUGAUUCAUAUAGACACUUGGGGACCUUAUAAAGAACCAACACAUGAUGGUUUUAAGUAUUUCCUUACUAUUGUUGAUGAUUAUAGUAGAGGAACUUGGACUCACUUGUUGAAAAAUAAGAACAAUGUUUUUCCUGUUUUGAAAAAUUUUCUAUCUAUGGUGGAGAGACAAUUCAAUGUAAAGGUGAAAAUUAUAAGGUCUGAUAAUGCUUUUGAAUUAGGAAAAAGUGCAAUAGCUUCAGAAUUUUUAUCCUCGGAAGGUAUAAUUCAUCAAACCUGCUGUGUUUCUACUCCACAACAAAAUGGAGUUGUGGAGAGAAAACACAAGCAUUUACUAGAAGUCUCUAGGGCACUGUAUUUCCAAUCCAAAGUUCCUAUAAAAUAUUGGGGUGAGUGUUUGUUGACAGCCACAUAUCUUAUUAAUAGAAUACCCUCCAAAGUUUUAAGAGGAAAAACUCUCUAUCAGGCACUGUUUCAAAGCAAACCUGCCUACGAGAGACUGAAAGUUUUUGGUUGUCCUAUUUAUGUCUCUAGUUUGAUAGAGGGAAAUUUGAGCCUAGAGCUAAGGCUUGUGUAUUCCUUGGAUAUCCAGAAACUCAAAAAGGGUACAAAUGUUUAG